GUCCCUUCCUGCCGCCCCGGCCCGACACGCAGCGGCUCCGCCCGCCGCCCCGUUGGCGUUGGCGAGACCGGGGCGGGGCCGGCGCCGGGAGCGGCUCCGGCGGCAGCGGAGAAGUGGCUGUGUUUUGGUGGGAAAUGACUUGAGCUUUGCAAGUAUUACUCUCAGCAAAGUGCUGGAUGAUUUCUGAAGGCUGUUGUUGCAACAGUUUAAAGAAAACUCCUGUUCAACUGCUUCCCCUCCUUCAUUCAGUAUCUGCAUUUGGGGACUGAAGAGUGAUUCCCUGAUUGUCUGGCAGUCAGCUGCUCCUCGCAGAGCCCGUUCAACACUCUCUCUCGAGUUCUUAGUGGACGUGCUUGGCAAGAUGGAGCCACCGACCUCGUCCAGGCUGAAUUCCCGAAAGAGAAGAAAAGAUGGAUCUGGCCCCAAUGGGGCGGCAGAGCUGGAUGGAAUCCCUCCAAAAAUGUCCCGACGCUCAUUUGGACUGAGGGAACCAGCUCCAUUUUCAGAUGAAGUGGAAAUCGAUUACAGCAAGCCGUACGUCAGAGUAACAUAUGAAGAAGCGAUGAGAGGGACCCCUUCGGAUCGCCCUGUCAGAGUUUAUGCUGAUGGAAUAUUUGACUUGUUUCACUCUGGACAUGCCCGGGCCUUGAUGCAAGCAAAGAACCUCUUCCCAAACACAUACCUCAUUGUCGGAGUCUGCAGUGAUGAGCUAACCCAUAACUUCAAGGGCUUCACAGUAAUGAAUGAAAACGAGCGGUAUGACGCUGUGCAGCACUGUCGCUAUGUGGAUGAAGUGGUGAGAAAUGCGCCGUGGACGCUCACCCCCGAGUUCCUGGCAGAGCACAGGAUUGACUUUGUUGCACACGACGACAUCCCUUAUUCUUCGGCUGGCAGCGAUGAUGUUUAUAAGCAUAUAAAAGAAGCAGGCAUGUUUGCACCAACUCAGAGGACUGAGGGCAUCUCAACGUCAGAUAUCAUCACCCGGAUCGUGCGGGACUAUGAUGUUUAUGCCAGACGGAACCUGCAGCGGGGCUACACAGCUAAAGAGCUCAACGUCAGCUUCAUAAACGAGAAGAAAUAUCACCUCCAGGAACGUGUGGAUAAGGUGAAAAAGAGGGUGAAGGAUGUAGAGGAGAAGUCAAAGGAAUUUGUCCAAAAAGUGGAAGAGAAGAGUAUUGAUCUCAUUCAGAAGUGGGAAGAGAAGUCGCGGGAGUUCAUCGGCAAUUUCCUGGAGAUGUUUGGCCCGGAAGGCGCGUUGAAACACAUGCUGAAGGAGGGCAAGGGCCGGAUGCUGCAGGCCAUCAGCCCGAAGCAGAGCCCCAGCAGUAGCCCCACUCACGACCGCUCACCAUCUCCCUCCUUCCGCUGGCCAUUUUCCACCAAGACUCCUCCUUCUUCGCCAGCCAACCGCUCCAGGAACGAGUCUGCAGUCACAUACGACAUCAGUGAGGAUGAAGAGGAUUAAGCUACCAGCUGGGAUUUGCUGCGAGCCACUAGUCGCCAAAUCCUAAGUCUGGACCCACUGGGGAACUCUAAAUGAACAAGAGAGCCAUAGGAACAGGGCUGAUGGUGAGCACAGGGCCUUGGAGGCACCCGUUGCUCUUAGCAAGGGCUGCUGCCUGGAAGCACAUUCAAACCUCCUCUCCCUUCUCCUCCCCAAAUCCCUUUUUUUUUGUUUACAUUCUAAUGGUUUCCAGGGGGAAGAUGGUUUUUCUAUUUUAAGAAAAUACUCUUUUAAAGCGCAAAGAAUAGCACUCAAGCGUCGCUUUUGUUUUGGUUUCUUUUCCCCUGUUAAACCUCCAGGCAAGAGGGAGAGUGGGAAGAUCCAUCUGUCCCUUCUUUCCUUCACCUGCUCCGUCUUAUUCCUCCCCAACCCCAGGCAGUAUCCAUGCCGCUGCCAAACAGAAGGUCCCUUGGUUCCUCAACCAGCGUGACCUCAAGAGCACGCAGGGAGCAGUGGUGUAGACAGGCUUCUAGGAAACAGAGACGUCUCUGCUGCGCUGGAGACGAUAGGAAUCUGUCCAGCAGACCCUGUAGUGCUUGUGCACCUCUUAGCUGAGCUUCCCAGCAUGUUACAGUGAGGACGUCCUGGGAUGCAGGAGUGUUGCACCCUGGAAGCAGUCACAGCACCAUGGAGUCACACACCCUGUAAGCGUGCAGCAUUCACAGCCUCAAAUUAUAUGGGGGCUGCAGGGGAAAGGCCUUUCCAAGCUAAGACUGCUAAAUCUUGAGUUAAAAUUCAGGCCUCAGUUGCUGUUGGAGAGAAGAGGAUGAAUCUUUGCUUCGGGGCACAUGCUGUCUAUGCGUUUCCAUGGGUGCAUGAGAGCCCAGUUAGGAAAUGAUUGUCUGUACUCCUUUGUGAAGUUCCUUGUCCCAGUCUCUAGUGUGUAAUAGGUUUUAAUGUCUGUCCAAACAGCCCAUCAACACUGUGCUCUGUGCAUGUUUGUCUGUGUUUCAGUUGCUGUGCUCUGAGGGCUGGAGCAGUCCUUCACACUGGUGCCAUGAAGUGGCUGCUGUAAGGACAAAACGUGAAUUCGUACAGCCGGUUUGCUGUACCAGCCGUGUUGGGGUGUGCAGCUGGACAGAUGAAGGGCAUGUUUUACCCCAGUGAAGGGCCCCAGCCCUGUGUGACAGUUACCCCGCUUGUGCAAUAAAGGCACAAACCUGUGCCUGCUUGCUCCGCUCCUUGAGGUGGGCCAGAAAGAGCGUCAGAGAGGGCUGCAGCUUUUUAAGAUUUUAAACGUGUAAUCUACUCUCUUGAAAUCAUGGUCCAGGUCAUGCCUGUUGUCGUGUCUGUAAUAAACGCUGAGCUCUGUGGGCAGUUGCCCUCCCCAUGCCACGUGCCUGUGCACAGAGUAGCUCCGUGCGCUCUGUCCCAGCAGCCAGCGCUGGAGGGACUGGACUUGCUGUCCCGUAGCUGCAAAGCUCCCCCUUGCUUUUCUGGUUUGCCUGUGAUACCUGCUGUCUCCAGGUAGAGCUGCUGGGCUGAGUUGCCUGUAUCCUCCUGCGAUGCUGGGAGCAGGGGACAGCUCGGAGCCCCGCCAGUGGUGCUGCAGGGAGGUUUUCAGAGCAGGAUGUGGGCUUCAGGGGGCAGUGGUUGCAAGGAGGCAAAUCAUCAAGUACCGGCACAGGCUCUGCAGGGUGCGAUGCUUCCAGGGGACUCAGGCUCUAUGGUGGGAGCAGCCUGCUGCUGCUUCUUCACAGCUUUUAUCUUGCUGAUUCUUUGUCAUGCUGCCCAAAGGGCUUGACAGGGCCUCUGUGCUUCUGUUGAGGCCAGAACCAGUAUGGGAAAGGGUAUUUCGGGGAUUCUUCAUCUGCCACUUGGACCUCGCUCAGUGGGGAUGUGGACGGCUCUGGGAGCAUGGCUGGCUGCUAUGGACUUUAAGCUGUAAAGAGCAAAUAGUGGUCACUUGGUAGAAGCCAGUCGUUAAUCCCCUGGUUUAUGAAUGGUAGUGCAUUUACAUUGGGUCACCCACAUUCUCUCUUCCCUCAUCCUCCCCACCUUCCCUUCCUUACCCUUCCAUCAGUAUGGGUGUUGCUUUCCUUUCCUGAGCUGGGUCACAGGCCAGGCUGCUUUAGAGCCUUACUACUGUUUUAAACACAAGUUAUGCAACAGUGUUCUGUAAUUUUGGAUAACAAUGGUGUUUUGGAUGGUGCUUUGUUCUGCAGAGACCUUAACAUAUUUUUUGGUCCCUCUGCAAAACCUGGGUGUUUGGUAAGAAGUCAGCCAUGGUUUUACAUGUAGCUUGGAAUCACAGAGCUGUUCCUUGUAACAAAUAAUCCCUGCUUCCUCCUUGCACUUAAAUUAAAGUGGACACUUGAAUUCCAAA